AUGGCAACAAAAAUAAUCUACUUCACUGUGAAUGGGCGACCAGAACAAGCAGAGAUCCCAGUGGAUUGCCCAGCACAAGAUGUCAAAGACCUGUUCCGCUCUGCAGCUGAGGCCGGACCCCACGACAUCCUGAAGCUGUACAAUCCAAAAGGCAACAUCAUCAACAUCUCCCCUCGACUGGAGUCCAACAGCCCAAACUCCUGCUAUAAGCUGGAAGUAGUGGCUGCCGACUGCAACAGUGUGGAGCUUGCUGUGGCACUAGGAUUUGAUCUCUCCUCAAUGGAGAAGAGGCUGCAGGGCUUGGAGAAGAAGAUACUGAUUGAGGCUGGUGAGACCCCUGCAGUAGUGUAUGAGAUGAAGAGACAGGUUGAAUCGUUCAGAGAGAAACUUGAGAGUGUGGAACAUUUGAGCUGGCUAGGCCUGUUCAAGGAGCUUUCUGAGGGAACACACAAGCCCUCCCCCUUUUAUCACAAAAGAACACUACGGAAAACACGUGAGGAGUGUGAGCACGUUAGAGACAAAUUCCUUCAAAUGAGUUCACUGGAAGUUUCCGAGGAAGUGAGACAGUAUCUCAAAACCCCAACAUUUGACAACUGGCAGUGGGAGGAUGCAGAGAUUAUGGUGCUGCUUCAGGUGAUGUACACAGACCUGGACUUUAUUGCCACCUUUAACAUCGAGCCUGAGGUACUGCAACAGUUCCUGUACGAGGUGUACCGUCGCUAUAACAACAUCCCCUUCCACAACUUCAAACACUGCUUCUGUGUCACCCAAAUGAUGUAUGGACUGAUUUGGCUGACAGACCUGAAGAGUAAGAUUGACAGCAUUGACCUCCUGACUAUGUUGACCUCGGCAGUGUGCCAUGACCUCGACCACACAGGCUACAACAACGCAUACCAGAUAAAUGCUCGGACUGAGUUGGCCCUGCGUUAUAAUGACAUCUCUCCACUGGAGAACCACCACUGUGCCGUGGCCUUUGAGAUCUUGGAGAAGACAGAAAACAACAUUUUCAGAAACCUGACCAACGAGCAGUACAAACGGAUCAGGGAGGGUAUAAUCAAGUGCAUCUUGGCCACAGACAUGACGAGGCACAACGAGAUUCUAAACAAGUUUAAGUCCAUCCUGUCUGUCUUUGACUUUAGCAUCAAGGACCACAGAGAUGUGUUGAUGAUGAUCAUGAUCAAAGUGAGCGACAUCUCCAAUGAGGCCCGGCCUAUGGAGGUGGCUGAGCCCUGGUUAGACUGCCUUCUUCAGGAGUUUUACAAUCAGAGUGACAUGGAAAAGCUGGAGGGUCUCCCUGUCACACCAUUCAUGGACAGGGAACAGGUGACCAAGCCAUCCUCUCAGACAGGCUUCAUUCGAUUUGUCCUCUUCCCUCUCUUCAUUGAAUUGGCCAACCUCUUUCCCUGCCUGGAGCAACAUAUCAUAGAUCCGGUGCGGAAGGCCCUGGACUACUACACAGAAAUGGAGAAAGCCCUGGAAAGGGAGAAGCUGAAUAGAGCACAGAGUGACAAGGCAGCCAAGAGCAAGGAGUCACCCCUGAACCCAUCAAACACAGCAGACAGCCAGGCAGACUCCAGGGAUACCUCCAAACCAGCCACCCAGUGAUGGAUGCCUCCAUAGAGGCAUUUUGAUCUAGACUGAAAAUACUGUAUCUGUUUUUUUCUACAGGAAUGUGCAUGCUUUCUUUUCUUUUUUUUCUUUUUUUUUCUUCUUUUUGAGCAGGAGUGUGAAUAGAAUAUGAUCACA